AUGAAUGCAGCCAUGAGCAAAAUACAUUUUGUCAACACGACUGGUGUAUCGUUGAAUGACCGUUUCACAUCGAUGGCCAAGCCGCUUCUAGGCUUUGGGGUGGCUCCGACGAUGAUGGAUGUACCCCUGUCCCGCCCGAAUCCCAUGCCCAUGAUGGAAAGCAGCAAUCGUCGGCUCAUUGAUAGUUGGGAUCGUAUGCACGCCCUACACGCUUUGGCAAGAAAAACCAUCCAUGAAAUUCGCCCGGCCAGGCAACGGUUGCAGCGUAAUACAUUGUCGCAGCAAAUGAAGCGUACCAUGACUAGGCUGCCCGGUGGUACCCGCCGUCUGCAGCGAUCCAACAGCUUCACCGAUAUAGCAACAAUGAAUGCUGAUCGCGUUGAACUGUUGCAGAGAGUACGUGGCCGUACACCGACGAUCAAUUCGCGACUGGGUGCGGCCCGUAACGUAAGCCGUGGUCGCAGCAUGUCACGUGGACGUAGCGCUUCACGCAAUCGCAGCACAUCCCGCGAACGACAGCCUUCGCUUAGUCGUUCGAACUCACAGACGAACCUACAACGCGCCGGAUCACGGAACAAUUUGACUCGCGCCGGUUCCCGCACCAACCUUACCCGUGCCGGAUCCCGUACCAACCUGGCUAGUGCCGGAUCCCGUACCAACCUGGCUCGUGCCGGAAGUCGCAACGGACAGAACACAACUCGCAAAACCAUCGCACCAAAUGAUGCUCGCCGACGUAUAAACCGUAACAAUCUGAUUGCCAAUCGGCUGGGUACGGUUAACGGUGUGGUCGGUGCACGUGGCCGUAGUCGCAGCCGAAGCCGGGUUCGUGGAGCAGCAGCAGCAGCUGCCACUGUGCAGACAGGUGGUGCCCCCAAUGGCCGUGCCCGAUCGCGAUCCCGUAAACGUGCCGGAUCUCGAACACGAGCUGGAAGCGUAAAUAGCCGACUCGGUGUGAAUCGUACGAACGAGCUAACUGGCAAUGCCGGUGGUCGGGCCAAUGGUGGCCGAGUGACUAAACGAAGCCGAAGCAUCCGCCGCGGAAUGGCUAAUGCAUCAUCCGUCGGUGCACGCGCCGGACGCCCGUUGAAGAGAGAAGCACCCAAACGCAAGGGAGCGGGUGGUAAAGCAGCGAAAGGUGCAGCCAAAAAUGGUGGUGGAGCGAAUGGAGGUGGUGGUGCAGGUGCUGCAGCAUCCGGUAGACGCGGACGAUCUCGAUCACGCCGUGCAAAUUCGCGCGUUCGUGGACGUAGUGCAUCAAAGAAUCGUACCGGGCACGUAAACCAGCAGCCCAAGAGCCGCGCAGAGUUGGACAGCGAGCUGGAUCAGUACAUGGCAAACACAAAGUCGUCACUGGACAAAGAAAUGGACCAGUAUAUGAAUGGCUUCGGAACGGGACGCAUCUGA